AUGGCCGCCCGUAGAGGAUGGGAGAGAGAUCCGGCGGCACCGGGAAAGAGGAGAGAGAAAGAGACAGACGUGAAGCCUCAGUCCUGGGACAGCCAGAACCGUCAACACCGCCGCAACUGGCCAAGUGUCUCGGCUGUGGGAAGUGGAACUAAUUUAUUGCAGAAACAGCACCUCAAACUUCUUCUGGCUACCAUUUGCCGAUUUGGACUCAUCUUUGCUGUCACCAUUUCAUUCACGGCAACUGCCGCCCCUCAAGAUGACUUGCCACCCCGUCGUACCGAAGCUUGA